AUGUCUAAUCCAGAAUGUCAACAGGAAGACGUCUUGUGGACUGAAAAAUACCAGCCUCAGCACUCCACUGAAGUGGUGGGAAAUUCUGCAGGAGUAAAGAAACUGCAUAACUGGUUAAAGAGAUGGAAGCUGAGAGCCGACAAGGAAGAGCGUGAGAGAAAGCAGGAGGAGAUGCGGAGGAAGAAGAGUAAAGGCGUGUGGGAUAACGGAGAUUUUGAGGGUGAAGUGGUUUUAACGGACUGCCAACUGGAGCUGUGCAGCGCGCUGAUCAUCUCUGGCCCACACGGCGUUGGCAAGACCGCAGCUGUUUAUGCCUGUGCCCAGGAGUUAGGUUUCAAGGUGUUUGAGGUGAACGCGUCAGCUCAGCGCAGUGGGCGCCUCCUCCUCGCCCAGCUGAAGGAGGCCACCCAGUCCCAUCAGGUGGGCACCCCGACAGCCUCCACCCUGAGGCCCACCUACUUCUCCUCCCACGGCGCAGCUGCCUGCUCCUCGAAACCCGCCACCUCCCCCCGGAAGACCAACUCAUCCAGGAAGGUCAUGACGUCAACUCGAAGACCUCCAUCAACUCUGCGGAAAAAUUCCCUCAGGAGAGGCCCCUCCACCUCUGUGAACCUGACCCAUUUCUUCCAGAAAAGGAAUAAGCCUGAGAACACAAUCAAUAGCAGUCCAAAACAUAUACAUCGUGGUGAUCACACUGUGGAGCCAAACAAUGAGAAGAAAGAAGAGGAAGGCCUUCCUACCAUCAUCAUAGAUCAAGAAGAUCAUCACUCCAUCACUAGAACUGGCAAAUCAACACUAAUGUCUCUCAUUUUGUUUGAGGAGGUUGACGUCAUCUUCAGUGAUGAUGCUGGGUUUCUCUCAGCAAUUAAGACUUUCAUGUCCACAACCAAAAGGCCUGUCGUCCUGACAACCACUGACCCUUUGUUUGGUGCAACAUUUGAUGGCCGCUUGGAAGAGCUACACUUUAGGAAGCCCCCAGUGAAGGUUCUCUGUAGCUACCUGCAGUUGGUGUGUUUGGCGGAGAACGUGAGGACGGAUCCUCAGGACGUAUCCUCUCUGUGGCCGGUACAGAGAGGGGACCUCAGGCAGUGUCUGCUCCAGGCGCAGUUUUGGGUGCGGAGCGGAGGGGGGCCUGCUGCGCCCCUGUUGCUGAACCAUCCUGUGGUCCCUCGGGGGCGUCCACAAGCUCAGGAGGAAACAAUCGAAGGGUCGAAGCAGCCGACUGAUCUGCCUGCAUGUGACACUGGCUGCUCGGGAACUCCUACAGUACACGAGCUAGCAAGGAUGUUCAAAGUUCAUACCUGGACUACAUCUGAGAUGGAGAGAUGUUCAGAGAUCCUGUUAGAGAGCCAGCAAACAGGAACAGAUCUACUUUACUUGAACAUGGAGGCACUCCUGCCUCUGCCAACCCCUGCCUCCCCUGACCCUGGAGAAUUCAUGGAGAAUGUUUCCAACUCUGACCGACAUGGACACAUUCAUUCCAAAACACUUCCAGAAGCUUCUGUAGCCGUAGAUAUACCCCCGGGAGGGAGGCUGUCCUCCAAGCCAAGGAAAAGGCGUUGUCUGUCUCUGAAAGGAAUGCAGAGGUCUAGACCUAACUCUCCAGAGAAGACUGUCUCCUCCUCACACCAGUCUACGAUGCCGAGUCGCCAUACAGAUCAAUCAGAGGGAAGGACUGAGGGUCACUCAGGGGAGAAGAAAGCCUCUUGUUUGGUGUCUGGCUGCUUGAACAGCCUCACAGAAUUCCUGGACAACUUGUCCUUCCUGGAUUGUUGCCUGCAGGAUCACAGGCAUGUGACAAGAACACACUAUUGUGCGCCAGGCCUGCCGUCUGCCCGAACUAGAGCAGAGUUGAGGGACGGCCUGCUGGACGAACUGCGGGAGGAGCAGGAGGUGGGGCAGAUGUGGCGACACAGGGCCUCUGAGAUGAGGGCUGCUGUGGAGGGCAUGAGCUUCAGGAGGUGCUGUCUGGAGAUGGAGCCAGCCAUGGCGAGGGCCCGGAGGCUAGGAGAGGAGGUGGGGGCAGACCAGUGCAGACAGAUGCUGGAGCAGCUCACCUUUCGCUCACCUCCCCACAGAGACGGCCUCUCCAGCCAGCCCAGUCACCGCGAAAAACUUGUUGUUGAAAGACGAGCUGAUCUUGUAAAGACGGUGCUCUCCAGCAAAACAGUCGGCCUGUUGGGAAGCAGCCCAGCCAUUCACACAGACUACAUGCCCUGUCUGCGCGCCAUCUGCAAGUCUGAGAGUCAAAAGGACAAGGACAAGACCAAACACAGAUUCCCACACUAUCUGAAGAGCACCAUCACUGGACUCCCUAUGGGUGCCUUACAGCAGCUCUCCACUGACUUCCCAUGAACCUGCUCAGGAAACAAUGCACUACCCAAAGGAAAUGAGAGGAUGUAUAUUAUGCACUCACUGUAUGUAAAGAAAAUAUAUAUUGUAUGAUGGAAAAUAUUUGAGUGUCCAUAUUUUUGUCCGUUCACAAUGUCAUUUUUCAAUCAAUUAAACUUUAGUUUUUUUAAUAUUGAGUUCCUAUGCCAAUCUCAUGAGCUCUUGCAGGGUUUGUGGUAAACAGUUACAGGAAUAGUUCGGAAUUUUGGA